GUUGCGCGUUAGCGCAUCCGUUUUCUUGCUGGACUGCAAAUCCUUUUUUUCUUGUUUCAGUGGGAAGAGCAAGGGGCAUUGCCCUGGAAAUCCUUCAGUGGUUCGAAUCCACAUCUGAGCGUCUUUUUUUCGGUAUGCCGCUCCGCGAGCAAGGAGCGCCGCGAGGAGAGCGAGAGAACGAAGUGGGCUUUGGUGAUGUCGGAAUUUGCACCUAUUUGUAUCUAUUUAGUGAUCAGUCCGCUAGUUUCUUUGAUUCCACUCGGUGUUCCUUUUCCAUUUGCUUCCAAUAGUUCGACCUAUCCAGAAAAAUUGUCGGCCUAUGAAUGUGGUUCCGAUCCCUCCGGUGAUGCCAGAAGUCGUUUCGAUAUACGAUUUUAUCUGGUUCCUAUUUUAUUUAUUAUCCCUGAUCCGGAAGUCACCUUUUCUUUUCCUUGGGCAGUACCUCCUAACAAGAUUGAUCUGUUUGGAUCUUGGUCCAUGAUGGCCUUUUUAUUGAUUUUGACGAUUGGAUCUCUCUAUGAAUGGAAAAGGGGUGCUUCGGAUCGGGAGUAACCACUUUAGAAAGGGCAAAGGGGGGAAGGACAUAGGAAAGAGGGAUGCCUACAAAAAAUCAAUUGAUUCGUCAUGGUAGAGAAGAAAAACGGCGCACGGACCGUACUCGAGCUUCGGAUCAAUGUCCCCAGAAGCAAGGAGUAUGCCUGCGUGUUUCGACGAGAACACCGAAAAAACCUAAUUCAGCUCUACGUAAGAUAGCAAAAGUACGGUUGAGCAAUCGACAUGAUAUAUUUGCUCACAUUCCAGGCGAAGGUCAUAAUUCGCAGGAACAUUCUAUAGUCUUAGUCAGAGGAGGUAGAGUGAAAGAUUCGCCAGGUGUGAAAUCCCAUCGUAUUUGAGGAGUCAAGGAUUUGCUGGGAAUUCCGGAUCGUAGAAAGGGAAGAUCUAAAUAUGGUGCAGAAAGACCUAAAUCGAAAUGAAUGGAAGAUGCCUCUGGAACUUUUGGGUUCU